CUGAAGAAUGAGGGCUCACUGAGGUCUGUGGUACUCCAGGCGCAGUGGGACUACAGCUCCCAUCAUUCCUCACAGCUCGCCACCUUAUCCGGGGCUGAUGGGAGUUGGAGUCCAGCAUCAUCUUGGAAAUGCUCUCCCCACACCCCCUGCUCUAAAAGUACUGCCGGAAAGGGCUCCCUUUUAAAAUAACGGCGGUCAUUUCCCCCCGAACUGACUCUGAAGGGAAGAGACGCGAGCCCUGCCCUCCCGAGGAGCGAAAGGGAGGCGAGCUCCUUACGCCGCCUCUUUCCCCUCAGGCCGGCUUUUUCGGGUGGGCGAGGCUAGGCCGCGCAGCCGGCUGGGUGGGUGGGCGGUCCUCGGUUUCCAAGGGAACCGGCUGGAAGCCGCGAGCGAGCGCGCGCGCCCGGGGCUCCUUCCGCUAACUGCCGCUGUUGUCGUCGCUGCGGCUUCUGCCGCCGCUGCCGCCGCCAUGUUGAUGCUGGGCCGCGGGCUGGACGCCAGGUAACGGCUCUGCGGAGAGGCAGAGGGACAAGCUCCCCUCCGCCUUGGCUGCUGGCCGCAAAGCGAGGGAUCUUAGGGGUCGGGGGGAGGCACGGCGAACAAGGAUGCUCGCCUUGGGCUGGACGGGGGGACGCGCGAUGGCCGCGCCCUCCCCCUAAUUGGGGGUUUCGGGGAGGGGGUAGGUUUGACUGACUCGGGGAUCCCCCCACCACACCCAUCCAAUGGGUCCCCGGGUUUGCAUCCUAAGAAGCAAGUAGCCCACCCCCUUCUCUUCAUCCCCGAGUGUGGCUCGGCCCGGGGGCAAAGGCACUCUGCACGCGCUCAGGAACCCUACGCGUAUUUUAGAGCUCGGCGCUGAAAUCCUUGGGGGCGCGUAUUUGGGAGGUCCCGCUGAGCCUAAGGGGCCGAGGAGCUAGAUUCAAAGCUCCGCAGCAAGUUCUCCUUGCGCAAAUCCGAGCGCAAUGGAAAGCUUGGAAGGGAAACGAAGGCCGGCCCCAGUCUCAGGCGCCCCGUCCCCAGAAUCGCCCACCCCACCCCAACUUAGCUGUCGUUGCGCCUGCUUCGAAAUCGCCCUCGGGAGAUAGAAUGACUCAUUCUUUUCUCCAUUCCACACACACGUUUUAGAUACUAAGGAAUAUGUAAUCCUUCUGGGUUUUAGAAAAUGAGCUAUACCGUUUUUGCAAUGCAACUCUAAUAUGUAUUUGAAAGUUUUGUGCCUGUAGCCAAGGGGGCGCAGGGGGGCAGCUCCCCCUCCCCAUCAAGUAAAACAAUGGAAAUACUGUACUUAACUAACUUGGCUCUGUGCCCCCCCCCAAAAAAAAAUCCUGACUACGCCCAUGGAAAGGUUUUUAACCCAUCUUUCAGGGCACACAGCCCUGGUACCGCCUGAAGAUACAUUUGCAAAGUACAUGCACACACCAGCAGCAGCAUGGUUUAGCAAAUGCAGACUUGAAUAAAUGUGUUUUUAUAUAUUAAUAGCCAGCAUUGAAAAGGGCAUACACCACUUGGUGGAAUGCGGGGUGGCAGUUCCAAAGGUGUGGGGCCACCGCUGAGAGAACUGCCCCUAGUAUUCACCAGCGUAGUGCUCUUGCUGGCAUUCAGGUUUUUGAACCCUGUAAUACUUGGGCAUGUUCAUACAGGUAACUGAAGACUUGCCCUAAAUAUAUUGUUCAUCACUGAGCUCCCAGGAACGUUUUUAUUACUUCCAGCAGAUAAUCAGAUGUGGCAUUUGGGGAAUCACAGGAGCUGGGGAACCUUGGAACACUUAUAUUCCUAUAUGCUGUUCAAACUUGAUGGAGGGGGCAGUGUACUUGAGAAAGCUACAGAAGAUUAACAGCAGCAAUAGCUCAGUUAUGAGCCCCACGUUGGGGGAAAAGAUUCCUUCAUUGCAGGGGGUUGAACUAGAUGACCCUUAUGGUCACUUCCAACUCUAGAAUUCUAUGAAUCAGUGAUAUUCACCCUAAACACUUACCAAUAGUGUGGAUUGUUGUUUUCUUCUCUUCAAAUGAACCGAGAUCAAAAUAAUUGUUGUAGUAUUACCAGAGUUGUUUAGGCUGUUGUUAAUGUUGCCUGACCAUAAUGCUUUAACUUCUUUGUCUAGGGACAACCAGACUCGUCAAGUACGAGAAUCUGUGUCAAAAGUGGAAAAACACUUUGGUGAAUUGUGCCAAAUAUUUGCAGCAUAUGUACGAAAAACUGCCAGACUGCGAGACAAAGCAGAUCUUCUAGUAAAUGAGAUUCAUGCUUAUGCAGCUACAGAAACACCAAGUUUAAGGAAUGGAUUGAAAAACUUUGCAAAUGAGUUUUCCAAACUUCAAGAUUAUCGCCACGCAGAGGUAUACAAUGCACUUCAUAGUGGAAAGUUUGUAUUUUAAAUUAUAAGCUAUUACUUUUAUUUGCACUUAUGACUUUAUGCACUUAAGAAUAAGAGGUUGGAUCCAGAGUAUGUUAGUCCUAAGGUCCUAUGAGACAAGUUAGUCUGAACUUUUUCACAUUGAUUUCAGGGGGAUUCAAGUGCAUCUUUUCUUGCUCUGAUGCAGCCCAAGGAAACCACUGAAUCCAGUAUUUAUAACAAUAUAAAUACUGGGGAAUUAGCAGCACUACUACCCCUUGCAAAUGACCGUGGCCAUUUUUGAAACUGUAGCUGCAAUGUACUCAUGACCACCUUGAAUCUGUUUUCAUGAAUUGUGGUAUAUAAGUAUUUUAAAUAAAAUAAACUCCUGCCAUGAUGGUAAAAAACUUUUGAAAAAAGGGCAGUCGGGUGUAGGCUCAAAAACAGGUUCUGCAUACUAAGCUGAUACUGCUCCUCUUUUUCCUGUUGCCACUUCCUCCCCCAGUUACAACACUGCUCUUCCAUCUUGCCAUUUUAAAAUGAUUAUUCUGUUCUUAUGUGCUCUUUUCUGAACUGUGACCUGUGUUCAACACUGUUGAGAUGAGUGCACACCCUGCACGUUUUCCCCUUAAAGAAUGAUACAGUUGCUAGUUGGGUUCUUAGGCUUGGAAAGGCAAAGACAGGUUGCAAAGCUGAUAUGACUUGGAAAUGUUUCCAGUAAUCAAAAUAAUAAAUGUUAGUAUCUUGCAUAGAUCUAAUGCUACUCUCAUGACAGCCGUUUCUUCCUGUUUUAUUUUUGAUCAUCGUAAUUUAUAAGGUGCUUAAAAUACUCCUAACCAAAAGAGCAAAAAAAGCACCUGCCUUAUUGGCUUCAAAUCUAAUAAACACAAAAAGAAGAGACAAGCGUUCAGAUAGCGUGUGUCACAUCAUGAUUUCACUUAAUAGCCACUGUGGUACAAGAUCCAAAUUACAGCUAGUCUAUGAAGGUGCAUGGAGACAUCCUUGCUGUCUUGCAUUUCUCAAAAUGGUCAUGUUUUAUAGUUACACAAAUCGCCAUGCCAUUUUCUGCUUUUCCCCCUCGUAUCAUCCAGCAAACUUUUCCUUGCAGAAAUACCCCGUGUUUGGAAAAAAACUCAUUUAGAAACUUUAAUCAAAUUGAAUAACUAAAUAUUCAGAUGAUGGGGGCAAAUUUCACCAGAUGGUGCUGAAAGUUAAUGACACAUUUAUUUACCUGUGUUUACUUUGGUCCUGCUUUAUUACUGUAAAUGGGAAUGAGGAGGACAGUAUUAAAUGUUUUCUUUCCUACUAUGCUUAUUUUCUUCAAUAUUUCGAAAAGACAACUGUAGUGAGUGUUUUGAGAGAUGUCAUUUGUAUUUCAAUUUAUUCUUUCAGCUAAAAAGCAUAUAAUUAAUCAACUGUAUUUUAAAGUAAAAAUGCAGGUGUAAUUUGUGAGAUACUAAAACCAAAACUGAAUUUUCUUACUGCCGAACUGUAGUAUGUUUUCCCUCUUCCUUAGUUGUGUGUUUGAAUUUCCUCAAAACCAGUUUUAAGACUGAUAGCCAAAAUUUAAAGUUAAAACAAUACUUCAUUGCUCCUCUUUACAGGUAGAAAGACUUGAAGCAAAAGUUGUUGAACCUCUGAAAUGCUAUGGGACCAUCAUAAAACUUAAGAGAGUAGGUGAUGGAUUUUGUUUUUCAUUGCAUGUUUAUUUUCUUUUCAAGGAAGGUUCAACUGCUUCUGAUCUCAUAAAUUAGUAUUUCAGUAAUCAAUUGUUGGUAAAUUCAGCAAGAAAAUGUCAUAUCCGUAAUUAAACUUUACAUACCUGAACAUAACACUAGAACCUAAGGUCAUCCAAUGAAGUAGAAUUAGACAGCUUCAUGGAGGAUAUGGUUGUCAGUGGCUAUGCUACCUGAAGGAUAAAACAGUAUGCCUCUUAAUAUUGAUUGGAAACCACAGCAGGAAAAGGCUGUUCUGUUGAUCUCAUUGUCAUGCUUUUAGACAGCACAAGAAUGAUGUGGAUCAGUUAGUAAACUAGAAACCACAUUCUGAACUAAUGCAGUUUCAGAAUCCUAUUCAAAAUGCAGCACCAGAGGCAGCUCUUGUGCUUAUGAGACUGAAAUUCAGAAUUCACACAGGUCCCGCUAUCUGCAUGCUCUUUAUACCAAAAUUCACUUAUCCACACUUAAAGAAAUAUUCCCAAACCUUGCUAUAUGCUUGGCAGAUUCACUUAUCUGAACAGCAGCUGACUUCCUUACUUCCUUGUAUUUGGGGGUUUGCUACUCAGCAGUUCCCAUUUUCGGGCAGAAACCAUGGAGAGAGGGAGGGGGAAUGAGAUCGGAUGAAUCAAAGAGCAAGCAAAAGCAGAUAAAUUAGGGAGCAAGAGAGAUCAUACAAAUCAGUUUUUUGCUUUGUAUCUCUUUUUCUAAUUGGCUGCAGCAAUUUCAGGAAGAAACCAUGGAGACAUUGGAAAGAGCACACAAAUCCCUCAUUAAAAGUGUAUCCAUAGGAAAUACUGAAAAGCUAUAGGCCUGGAAAUGGGAAAUUACCACCUAUUUAGGAUUGCCUCCCAUGCAUUUAAGAUGAUAAUUUAUGGAAAGAUAGUGCAAAUAUUGCCAUUAAGAAUGGAAAAAAAUGAGAGUUCUGUUUUCAAUCUUUCGUUGCCUAUUAUAAGAAUCAAGUUUUUUUCUUGUUUUCUUUUACUUUAUUGUCUUUUAUUUGGCAAUUGCAUAUAUUGUGUGUAUAUUGAACUUUGUCAUGUGAUAUCUGAUUAAGAUUGUCUUGUAUUAAUCCUAGUAUUACAUGGAUACCCACAGCAUUUCUUGAAGAUUAGAGAACCUUUUCUUUAGAAAAAAUCCCAUCUCUGAUUAUUUUUAUUAUAUAUAUCCUGCCUUACUACCCAAUAGGAGCACAAGGCUUAUAGAUAAAAUAGGAAUAGCUAAAAACAGGAAAAAAUCAUUUACAAACCAACAUUAAUAGAAUCAAAACUAUAUAUGUAAUCUAGUAGCAUACAGAUGAUUUCAAUAAAAGCACAGCACCAGCCCUGUCAUUAAAAGCAGUUUCCAGUUCAUAAUCCCAUCUCAAUUAGUAGUCUUAACUUCCAAGACCUGGCAUUGCACAAAAUGAAUGGCUAGUGUGGUAAAACUCCUUUGACUUGAAGGCUAGUUAUCAGGAAUGCAAAUGAACAAAAAUCUUUUCUGUAGAAUCUUUAGACUUUGAGUGUGUCCAUAUAUAUGAUUUCAGGAGGAUCUCAAAGCAACUUUAUCAGCAAAGAAUCGAGAAGCGAAACAGCUCUCUCAGCUUGAAAAGACGCGUCAACGAAAUCCAUCAGACCGGCACAUUAUUGUAUCCUUUGCAAACAAGUGUUCAGCAGCUUUCAAAUAUACGCUUUACUAGAUGACUGUUGCAAAAUUUAUGUGAGAGAUAUGCCUCUCCAGUGGAAUUUCUUCCACCUAGUAUGUCCCUAAAGCAGUGGUUUUCAACAGUGUGCCUUGAAUGAUGGUUAGGGGUGCAGCAGGCAACGCUGGCCUCUGUCCUUCUUUCCUUCCCUCCUGCUUCUGAUGCCCUCUCACAUCUCUGCUUCCUAAAGGCUUGCACAGCUGUUUGUUGCUGUGGCCCUGGCUACAAACUCCCCAAGUGAAUAGUGUCUCUGGGGCUGGCCAGGGGUGCUGGUUGCCAGGAGCUGAGGCAGCCUUGGAGUAAGCAAGGCAGCUGAGCCAGCCAGUCCGUCAGUCCUUGCUGUUGGGAAUGGGUAGACAAGUGGAAGACUGGGCAGGCUGGCACUGGCCUUUCUUGUGCUUGCUGUGUGCAUGGCCUGCCUGGGAGCUGAGUGACUGGUGCUGAAGAGGAGCCCUUCUGCCAUGCAGGCCCAGCAGCGUCCACUGCUGCCUCCUAAGGUAAUGUGCUGGCCUCAUGUUCACCUUUGACCAGUCUCUGUUGGGCUACUAAGAUUGGGGGCAUCUUUUUCCCAGGCCCCUGAGAGGCAGUGUGAGGAGGCAGCUCUCUUUGGGGCAGGGGAGUGCAAUUUAGAGACCAGGGGUGACAGCACUGACUGCCUGGAGGGCUUUCAAUAAGAGGGGAGAGGAGAGGCGGCUGAGGGAACACCCCACAAGGGAGGGUGUUUGAAAAAGGGUGAGAGGCUGCCAGCUCUGCAGGCAAGGGGUGACAUAACUGAGCUCCUGGGCCCCACAGCGGAGCCACAGGAAGAAUGCACCGUAUUUUUCGCUCCAUAAGACGCACCUAGUUUUUAGAGGAGGAAAGGGGGAAAGCCCCGUUUUGGGGGGGAUCAGCUCACAGUUGUGCAGCUUCUUUUGCAAAGGGGAAAAGCCCCGGGUUUUUUUGAGGAUCAGCUCAAAGUUGUUGAGCUUACUUUGCAAAGGGAAAAAAUCCUUUUUUUAUGGGGUUCAACUCACAGUUCUGCAGCUUCUUUAGGAAAGGAAAGGGAGCCGUUUCUACAGUUUCCAGACAGACAAUCUAAUCAGCCAGUCACAUGUCGCUGGGGAAACAAACAGCCUCCAUCUGCAUAACAUUCAACAAUGGAGACCUGGGCAAGGGGCCGGGGCCGGAAAGGGAGCCAGCGAUCAACCACACAUUUGCUCCGUAAGACGCACAGGCAUCUCCCCUUCCUUUUUAGGAGGAAAAAGGUGCGUCUUAUGGAGCGAAAAAUACUGUAGUUGGUCAAGGGAGCCGUGGACUCAAAAAGGUUGAAAACCUCUGCCCUAAAGUACUCUGGCUAACUGAUAGCAUCAGCAGAUAACAUUAUUAAAAAGGAGUUGUCUACCAAUGAAGCUCCUGAGAGGAAAAUAAUCUUCUUUCUUAGCUCCCUGUUUUGUUAUAGGUUCUAGAUUUUCUUUUUUUUAAUCCAUCAUAAAUUCAUUUCAGUGCCUAAGAGACACUGGGAGCCGACUGAGUUAUUUGUAUAUAAAUAUGCUUUUAUGUCUGUAGAAUACCAGUGUGUUAGCACUUUCCAUAACUUAAAAUAUUUCAUUUACUGCAAACUUCAGUCACAGGUAGGUCUUCUUUUUUGGAUGAAAUAUCAAAUUAAAUUCUAAUAUUCUUAAUUAUGUUUCAUCAGUUAUUUGUAUAUCAGCAUCCCAGCUGUACAAGUUACAGUGGUGCCUCACAAGACGAAAUUAAUCUGUUCCGCGAGUCUCUUCGUCUUGCGGUUUUUUCGUCUUGCGAAGCAACCCUAUUAGCGGCUUAGCGGCUAUUAACGGCUUAGCGGCUUUAAGAAAAAGGAAACAAACUUGCAAGAACUCGCAAGACGUUUCGUCUUGCGAAGCAAGCCCAUAGGGAAAUUCGUCUUGCGGAACGACUCAAAAAACGCAAAACCCUUUCUUCUAGUGAGUUUUUCGUCUUGCGAGGCAUUCGUCUUGCGGGGCACCACUGUACUGUAUCUUUUUUACAAUCAUUAUGGUGAAGCCAAUAAACACCAGAUGUCAUCAGCUGCUCCAAAGCUCUGAGUUUGACAAAUCAUGUUCUUUUCUGGUAAAACAGCAGCUUGAAAAAGUAGAUGAAGAAGUAUAAUGUAAUGUUUAUUACAUUAUUCUAUUGCUUAAAAAAAUACAUGCAUGUGGUGGUCAGCUUGUUUUGGCUUCAAAAAAAUUCUUAGAGAAAGGCAAAAAUGCUAGAAAUUCAAUUAUAAGAGACUUUAACUUCCUUUCUGGUACAGGAGAUAGUAGUGUAGCAAAGGUCUUUGAGACAAUACCAGGUUAAAGUGCACUGAAACCUCUUUGCAGGCUUUCAAUGGGCGAUUGGUUGGUCACUGAGAGUACAGGAGACUGAACUAGAUGGGCUUUGGUCUGAUCCAAGGGAGCUCUUCUUAUGAAAUACAGUGGUGCACAGAUUAAUAGCUUUGUUCUGAGAGCUACCACUAUAGUGGUUCCUAUUUCCAGGGCAUUCUAAUUAAUAGUGUCUGUUCAAAAUUAUAGGAAUAACAUCUAUUUAUCAUUUAUAUUUAAAGGCUGAAAGUGAAUUACAAAGAGCUUCACUGGAUGCCACACGGACAAGUCGGUACUUGGAAGAAACCAUUGACAACUUUGAAAAACAAAAAAUAAGAGAUAUAAAGGUGUGUGUGUGUAUAUAUACUCUAAUAUAAAUCAACAACCUAAAAAAUGGCUCAGGGAAAGAGCCAUUUAGAUCAUCUAUUUAAUAUUCCUUCACCAUUUAUUUUAACAAACAUUAAUCUGCUAUUGGGGACCAAUAGGUCCCCUUACCCUAACUAGAAAUAAAUCAAUUAUAAUUUCAAAAUGACUUCAGUUUCACACAAUAAAAUUUAUAUCUCCUUUUAAAGUUUUCAUUGGUAUAUCAAUAAAGCACAAAAACUACUGGGGUACAUUGGACCCCAUGGUUGUUCCCUUUAAAAAAAUGUACAGAGAGCAUUAUUUCUUUUGGGACGCAACUGGAGCAAAGCUAUAAACCACCAAGUAGACAAUCCUCCUUGUGCUAUCAGGAAGAUAGCGCUAGAGAAGAAAGCAGUACAAAAAAGAAGCCCAAAAACACCUAGAUGAAAUGUUUGGUCAUAGUAUAUAACAGAAGGAAUAUAGCACAUCCUCAGGAGCAGGUUUGGGGGCUGCAGGGGGGGGAAAGAGAAGGGUAAGUCCCGUUCCACAAGUCCGCUUGCACAAUGUUGAAGACAACCCAUUACAAAUAAGAAACUAGUGUUGCAAGUUUGCACUAGAAGAGUGUUUACUCCUGUGUCAAGAUAAUGCCAAUCUGAAGCAGAAUUAACUCCCUAGGGUAAAAUUUACUCCAGGGUUCAAUAGACUGCUGUGGUGCUUUUUAAGGGUUUUGUGUGUGCUUGCACACGGAGGAAUGUACAGACAAAAUAAACAGAAAAUCCACUCCACUGCUCUUGAAGUGGUAUACUUACAAAAAAUGGAAUUACAGUACAAGCAAAAUGCAAACUUUUUUUAACUACCCAAUUUUGAGACAUUGCUGAGGAUAGAAUGGACUCGUUUAGCUUAGACCUUUGGCAGAUUUACUUUCCCAUUCAUUUCAAUAGGGAUAAAUUGAGACCUCUGAUUGCUUAGUUUCAGAAAUGGAAAUGAUGAAACAUCACAGGACUGACCCCAUAACUGUGGAGAGCUAUGAAGUAGCUCAUAUUCGCUAAUUUUUAACUUAAGAAAUAUUUCAAGCAGCUGCUGGAAUUCACAGGAACCCCAGUGGGGUACCAGUUUGCCCCAGUUUGUGGGUAAAAUGAGGUGUCAGCUUGUACUAGAAUGCUAAAGGAAAGUGUAAAAACUGUAAUAAUUGUAUUUUUAGAUAAUACAUGUUGUAGUAUCACAGCCCACUCACAGCUAGUUUCUACUUGUUAUAAAAAUAGGUAAAGCUGUUCCAGUCUUGUGCAGAACUUUAAAAAUUGAGGGGCCAGAGCAGUGGACUUCUCAUUUAGUUAAGAAUUUGGUCAUGAUUCCUAGCACUAACAUGCUGUUUAUUAAUUGUAAGGAACAAGUAACUUUGUGGGUGAUUAAACAGGAAAGUAAUUCUUACCAUGCAGCAGCUCCCUGCACAACAGAAGGGAAAGUGCAGUUAGGUUCAGAUAGGAAAUGCUAAAACAGUGGAAAGCUUCUAGCCAGAAUGGCAAGGGGUGGGGUGAGAUAAAAGUAUCUAGAGAAAGACAAAGUACUUGGCUGUAUGCAGAAAUGAGCUGGGGCUUCAUUGACCUCAUAUAGGCCAAUACAAGAAAAGCCUCGGCCUGAGAGUCGGCCAUUACAACUGCAAAGGGCUGCUAUGUAAUGAUCCAUAUUCUUUUUAUACAGCGUUUAUCAAGCUACCAGUCUUCAUACAGUGACAGCCCAGUUAGUCUGCCUUUAUUAUAAAUAUAGAGCAGUUACUGUAACACUUUCUGCCUUCAUCUGUUUUUAGAAUAUCUUUUCAGAAUUUGUAACAAUUGAAAUGCUAUUCCAUGGGAAAGCCUUAGAAAUUUACACUGCUGCCUACCAAACGAUACAAAAUAUUGAUGAGAAUGAAGACCUAGAGGUAAGAAACAUGAUGAACUUCUAAUGUACUGCUGUGCAGGGUUGUUGGUUUUUGUUUUCCCUACACAAUUUACACAAUAUUUAAUGUUAUUGAGGCAUAUCUUUGGACCAGUUUACCUACAAGAGCGCCUUACUCAAUAUGCACCCAUUUGACCCCUUAGAUCAGUGGAAUUGGGACAUAGUGUGGCAGCACCUACACUUUGGAACUCCCUGUCUAUUGAGAUCAAGCAAGCACCUUCACUGUACUCUUUUCGGUGCCUGAUAAAAACAUUCCUGUUUAGACAAGCUUGUCCAGAGGCUUACAAUUUUUUAAUGUGUUUUAGUAUUUUAACUUUUUUUGUUUUAAAGUAGGGUAUUUUUUUCUUGAUUUCACGAUUUUAUCUUUUGUAAAUCGCUUUGAGGUUUUUUUUACAAUCAAGCAGUGUAUAACUUUCAUUAAAAAAAUAAAAUAUCUCGUCCUUGUGCCAUUGGCAACGCUUCAGUGAACUUCAGAUAACUGAAAAUCCUUAACAAUGUGUUCAGCCAUAAUGAACAAAAUGAAGCGUGUGCUAGUGUCAAGAUUUAAGAGCAAUUUUAGAUCUUAACUUAUUAAGGUGGAAUAUUUCUAAAGAUUUCUUAAGGGAAAUCUCACAUACAGUGAUCACCCUGUAGUGAUCAGCUGCAAGGCUUGGUCUGUUCUCCCUUAGGCUACCAUUUUACUUCAUGGUAAGGCAUAGUUCAAAAAAGAAAAAAGAAAUGAAGACAAGUUUGGAGCCGUAGAGGCAAACACCAUUUAGCUGUAUUUUAUCCCUGCAACCUUGCCUCAGACAUCCACUCCAGCAAGUUAAGUAGAACUACUAGAAUUUAUGCCAGUAUCUGUUGGCCAUAAGGCAGUAACACACCUGUUUUCUAGUUUGAAUAUAUGCUAGAAAAAUCCUGUGGGCUCUAUAGCAGGGCAAGCUAACCAUUUUUUGGCUCCAAGCUGCAGUCAUCCUUGGCCAACCCUCUGGAAGCUGCAUGUGAGUUUGGCUCUUGCACACACAGCCACUAAUUCAUGCAGAUGAGGUGAGGAGAGGACUCAUUACCCACUUUGCUCAUCAAAUGAUUGAUCGGAUGACUGAGGAGUAAUCUGCAUCCCCCGUUAGGGCACUAGGCACCAUCCACUGCUUCCCACAUGCUGAAUCUUUUUUAAAAAAAUAAAAAUAAAAAUUGCUGCCGCCACAAUCAGUAUCUUGCUGAGGACAGAAAAAAAAAUUAUCUGCCGGAUCAGGCCUCUACUCUAGGCACCCGUGCUGCAACUUACCUAGUUCUUGAGGAGCUUUAUAAUUGGACAAACUGUAAAGCUUAACGGGACUGGCCAGUGUCCCAUAUGAACUCUUAGACAACACACUUCAGAAUCAUUUGCAAGGUGCUGAGGCUGUGGGGCAGACAUGCAGUGUGUUUCCUUGGGUAACAAACUGAUAUAGAAAAGGUUCACAGCAGGUAGAUUGGAAAACCCCUGGUCUCCUGUGUAUUCUGAACACCAACAUUUAUUUAACAGAUGUUUCGGAGUUCGCUUUAUCAAACAGAACAUCAGUCUCGUUUGGAUAUUGUCCGUGCAAAUUCAGAGUCUCCCCUCCAGAGGACUGCUUCAUCCAAAUCUUGUCCUGGAAUAGUUCAGGUUGGUUAGAAAGCUUGAAUGCUUUCCUUAGCUACAUUCCAUGAAAUAUUAUUAAAUUAAUGAAUUAAAUUUCCUCACUUUCUGAUUUCCAUCAACAUCUUCUCUGACCCUUUCUCCUUCCUUCCUUUCUUUCUUUCUUCCCUCCUCCCUCCUGAAUUUUUGUCACUGCUACUUUUAUUCACUAUGCAAGCAAUUCCUGGUGCUGACAUUUGUUCAACCAAAGGUCUAUGGUACUGCAACAAAGCAGGGCAGCCAAGGGAGGAGGAGCUGUUUAGACCAGCAACUUUUGACACCACCCACCUCUCACACCACCUUCCCAAAGGCCAGUGUCUCGCUUACCCGGCUUUAGGAAAGCAGCAUGGAAGCUGGCGGGGGAGUCAAAUAUGAAGCUCGCUCCCACCCCACACAUGCGUGCCAAGGCAGUGUGCGGCCUGCAGGGUAAAAGUUGGCCUGCCCUCGGUUAGAAUUUUACAGGAAAGCUCACCUGCAUGUUACUCCACACCUACUGGAUCCUGUUUGAGAAACAGUGCCUUAUAUGAUCACCUGCCAACCAUACACCCAUACUGUGUACAAUUUUUUUUAAUUUAUUUAUUUAUUUAUUUAUUUAAUUUACACACACACACACACACAAUGUAUUUUUAAAUGCAGAUUGACUUCAUUCAAGGCUAAUGCUUUUUUUUGGUUACAAUUUUAAAAAUUCUGAUUUGUCAUAUUCUGUGUAGCAGAUUUCCAGAAAUCCAUUGAAAAAGGAGGAGGAAGAUGAAGAGUAUGACAAUGAGGAUGAAUAUGAAGAUUAGCAUUAAAACCACCAAGGAAGAGAGCACCUUUGAGACUAGAAAGCAUUUCCCCUGCAAAUUGUUAUUUUUCAUUGUGUUGCUGCUAGGUGAUGGACACAAUUAAGACUUUAAACUACAGUAAAGAAAGAACUGAACACUGUUACCUGACAAUUAUGAUUUUUUAAUGGUAUGAAAUUUAAUGGUCCACUAAAAGUAGAUUCAGCAAUAUUAAAGUUGUCUCAGUGAGUUUAGUUGUGUUUCAAGGGAUUCAGAGUUCCAUAAUUAUGGAAGACCUGGAUAGCUCAAUUGGUUAGAGCAUGGUGCUCAUAACGCCGAAGUUGCAGGUUCUAUCCCCAUAUGGGAAAGCUGCAUAUUCCUGUACUGCCGGGGGUUGGACUAGAUGAUCCUCAGGGUUCCUUUUAAUUCUAUGAUUCUAUUUCAGAAUACAUUUUGACUUUUCAUAAACUACCUUCGUAGAAAAGAUAGCCCCAAUCCCUAGCAACCAAGUUACUCUUCCAUUUCCCGAUGUAUGCUAAAGCAUGGAAGCAAAUUAAGCAGCUGGUGAAAAUAGACAGCACUGCUUUGUUCACUUCACUUUAUAAUCUAGUGUUCUCAUAAAUGUGUCACAAAACAUUCCAAAAUUUUCAUUCUCCGACUUACCAUAUUCAUGGAGUGUUAAAUUGGGUGGCUAGCAUACAGGUUUAUGUGCCUAUUCUUACUUGAGGUUUUUCCUAACAUCCUGCCCCAUAAUCUUUAACUUAGUUAUAGCUGCAUCAAUGCAGAUGACGGCAUAAAAUCUGCAUCAAUGCAGCAGUUAAGCUGCUUCAGUAUUCUUUGUGAAAGUGCCUUCAGUAUUACAGAACUUCUAAUUUACAUUUAAUUUUAUUUUCCUUGUAAUUCCUAUAGGGAUACAAAAUGCAAGGCAGCUGAUUAUUUGGGGUGAUUUAUUUUCUUUUUAUUUCAGAUGUGAGGAACUUUGGCCUUCCAAAUGUUGCUUCUACUGGCUAUGCUUGCUAGGGCUGGUGGGAACUGCAGUUCAGCAAUGUCUCAAAGGCCAAAAUUUCCCCACACCUGCCGAUUUUUCUUCAUAGCAACAUUUCUACAUUAUUUUUUUAUUAUCAGUAUUAUAAAGUCUAGUCUUUCUGCAUGAAUUUCAGUUCUGUCAUUGACUUUAAAUACAACUACAUUAUGGCAUUAUCUAAGCCACUGGGAAUAAUUACAAUAAAU